AUGCCAAAAUUUUCGUCUCAAAGACGCAAUAAGCGAAAAUUUCAUGGAAAUCGUUUUACGAGUAAGCAAAGAGUUCAAGACGAAGAAAUAGUUGCUUUGGAAAGCACUUCAAGUGGAUCGGGAGCGAGUUCUUUGCACUGUCAGAAGGAAGCGGAGGAAUGUUCGGCUUCGUUUCAAAAGCUUGUGACAAAUACCCAAGAAGGGAAGCCUAAACCAGAGGUAGACGACCAAAUUUCAGAGGAAAACAGUCCUGCUAUUACAGGGCUUAGAUUUUGUGAUAUGGAGGUGCUGUCGUCUGUUUUUGCGCAGCUACGGUGCGGCGACUGUGGCAAUUUCAGCCUUUUGCUCAUGGAAGACAACAUGAAGCGGAAGGGAUGUGCCUCGACUUUGCGUUUGUUGUGCGAGCAUUGUGGAUGGAAACAUUCCUUUUGCACUUCGAAGAAGCAGGGGAAGAGCUACGAAAUAAAUCGGCGUCUUGUCUAUGGCAUGAGAACCAUUGGCAAGGGUUAUGCAGGAGCAAGAAAAUUCUGUGCGAUCAUGAACAUGCCUCCACCUCCCACUGAAAAAGCGUUCAUUUUCAACUCACGUGUGAUCGGCCGUCACGUCAAAGAAAUAGCAAAAGAGAGUAUGAAGAAAGCCGGUCAAGAUAUUUAUGCCUUCAAAAACCAAUGCACUGCGUCUGAAGCUGGACCAUUUAAUUGUGGCGUUUCAUGUGAUGGCACAUGGCAAAAGAGAGGCUACUCGUCACGCAAUGGUUGUGUGACAGUAAUAUCCAUGGACACAGGAAGGGUGCUCGAUGUAGAAGCCCUCAGUCAAGGUUGCAAACAAUGUGAGCGCCAUGAACACUUAGAUAAAACAUCUCUUGAAUAUCAGACUUGGAGAGCUGAGCACACUAAGUGUAAAGCUAAUUUUCGGGGAUCAGCACCAGCUAUGGAGCCGGAAGGAGCAGAGCACAUAUUUCAAAGGUCUGUAGAACUGCACAACCUCAGAUACACUGAAUUCUAUGGGGACGGUGACAGUAAAAGUUUCAGUCGAGUAAAAGGAGUGUAUGAAGAUGCUGGUAUUGAAAUGGAAAAGAAGGAAUGUAUUGGCCAUGUCCAGAAGAGAGUGGGAACUGCACUUCGUAAAUUGAAGCGUGAGAAUCCAGGCCUGGGAGGCAAGGGCAAACUGACAGACAGUCAAAUUGAUAAACUGCAGAACUAUUAUGGCAUAGCCAUAAGAUCAAAUGUUGGAGAUCUUGCUGGCAUGAAGAAAGCCAUUCAUGCUAGCCUGAUGCAUUGUGCGUCUACUGAGGCACGCCCACUUCAUGACCAUUGCCCAACAGGGGCAGUAAAAGUGACAGUAAAAGUUUCAGUCGAGUAAAAGGAGUGUAUGAAGAUGCUGGUAUUGAAAUGGAAAAGAAGGAAUGUAUUGGCCAUGUCCAGAAGAGAGUGGGAACUGCACUUCGUAAAUUGAAGCGUGAGAAUCCAGGCCUGGGAGGCAAGGGCAAACUGACAGACAGUCAAAUUGAUAAACUGCAGAACUAUUAUGGCAUAGCCAUAAGAUCAAAUGUUGGAGAUCUUGCUGGCAUGAAGAAAGCCAUUCAUGCUAGCCUGAUGCAUUGUGCGUCUACUGAGGCACGCCCACUUCAUGACCAUUGCCCAACAGGCAGUGCAAGCUGGUGCCGGUAUCAGCAGGAUAAAGCCAAUGGCACAAAGCUUUACAAGCAUGGGCCAGGCUUACCUUUAGAGGUAAUUGCAAAAUUAAAGCCAGAGUAUAUUUGA